AUGAUAAUUCUCAUCAUUAUAAUUUAGACAACUCAUCAAAUUGUGAUGUAUGAGUUUAAUGCUAGUUCUAACAAUAUAGAUGGAUGGGAAAAUUAUCAUGGUAUUUCUAUAUUGAAUACUUGUGGAGGGAUUCGAUAUUUUGGGUCUUCUAAUAGUUAAUCAUACAGUAUUAGCAGGAUCAUUUUUGAUAUAGAAUCUCAUUCUCAUAUUAUAGUGGAUGCUCAAUUUCUGGGGUAUUUAUUAUUCUUAAUUACAAAAGUAUUGAUAGCAAUAAUCAACCUGAUAUUGAAAUAGACGCGUAUACAAAAAGCUAUGUACCAGUUAUAUCACCCUAAAGUUCGAUAUGUGGUGGUGCAUAACCUGAAUACUUGCAAACUAUUUCAAUUAUUCAUUAACAUAAUAGAAGAACUGUUUGGAUAUAUAUUAGUUAACAAUAGGGAGGGCUAAUAUCAUUAAAAUUAGGUUUGG